AUGGAUGUCCAGGCAGAAAUCGAUGCUCUCAGGGCAGAAAUUGCUGGCUUGAGAGCUGACAUUGGACCUCUUCAGUCGUCCCAUGAUUCGUUGUUCCGUCAGGUUGCAAACUAUGAAGCUUCAAACAAACACCAUCUCCAGAAACACCACCGCCCACGGCACACUGUUGCUCCCUCAGACGAUCCCCCGUUGAUCCUUGACUCCUACUUUGACGAUUCCAUAAGAACUUAUUUUGAAACUGCCUCCAAUCAAAAGGAGACGGCAGCUCCCCCACAGUCAGACUCUCUUACGUCAAUUCAAGAUCGGACCCGCCAAGGUUCGUAUGCGUUGAUAGAAAGCAUUCAUAGGUUCGGUGGUAUCACCGCUUUCCCGAUCAAUGACGCUUUAUAUGACACUUCUGAAGAUGCAUUGUUGGGCUUGCGAUUUGAUAUUCUUUCCCAUUCAUCCAAUGCGUUCCUACCAUCUCACUAUGUGAUCCUAAGGCGUGUGUUAUCCAAGGAUCAACGCCACAACUGGCUGGUAUUUCGUUAUACCACUCCAGCAUACAUCUCCCUCGAUUCAUACAAGCAUCACUUGACCCACCAGGACGAGGCCCACGGUCUCCAGAAGUUCUGUGAGUGCAUCCGCGCUGCCUUGGUUGCAACCCAGUACCGCCAUGAUACCAUCAACUCAAUUUCACAGCUCACAUACGGCGAUUUCGGCUUAGACCCCUCUAACAGCAAGGUCUUCGUCUCGUCUGAUACCGAUAUGCAAUGUCGUCGGGUUGUGCUCGCAUUGUCUGAUCGCAAGUACUCUAUAGAGCUUCUCUUGGGCAGCAAAUCUAUAGACUCGGUAUCUUCUACACUUCCGAACCGGGCUGCAUUGCACAUUUCAGCCUUGCUAUCAAACGCCACUAUCGAAUCUCUUCGAUCUGCAUUUUCUCAGGCUUUAACUUACCUUCGCCACGAGAGCCUCAUCUAG